AUGAAGAGUUCCUUAGUUUUCCUCCUUAUCUGUUUACCGGCGCUGUUUCGCUGCACCAACGGGCAAAAUUGCAAGGGACCGGGCAUAAUAGAGAACCCCAACGUGCCGAAUUGCAGGUCGUUUUUAUGGUGCGUUAGCUUCAACACCACCAGCUUCAGGGAGAACGUUUUCACCUGCCCCCCAUCGAGAUCUUUCAACCCUGCUAUAGGAAGAUGUGACGCUACAUAUCAAUGUCCUAGUAGUACUACAUCCUCAUCCAGUACUACUGAAGCUACUACUUCUCCUUCGACUAAUCCUUCACCCAGUACUACUUCUAGUACUCCUAGUUCUUCACCCAGUUCUUCUACUAAACCCUAA